AAAAUGAGCUGUGGCAAAACGGACCAUCCAAAGAACUAAAAUACUCCCUCUCUACUGUACUACAGAAUUCUCCUAUUUCUCUAUCUCUUUCUCUGUCGUCAUUUAUUCUGUUUUUGUUUCUGCAGACUCAGUAAAAUCAACGAAAAAAAAAAAGGAAAGUCUUACCCUGUUUUUGCUCACAAUCUUUGAGUUUGGGUUUUGUGUUCUUUGAUUAAUGGACACCCUUUAGACUCAUCAGAACCCAAAUUAGGAAAAAAGAGUUAAAGAAAAGGAGAAAAAGGAACAGUCUUUGGGCACUGUGACACACACACAUAGUUGCUGAAAGAAGGAAUAAUCAUGGCCGUGGAUGAGAAUGGCUCGCUGAAUCGGACGGACGCCAAUGAUUCUGCUGCCGUCGCUCAUCAGAACGGCGUGCCACGGUCAACGUUACCCAAUGAUCAGAAUCUUCAGAUGAAAACCACAGUGCAGCAUAAGCCUCAAAUGGCUAUCAGCGGGAAUGGAGUGCUGAGUCAGCAUAAUUUUCAUCAUCAGAAAAUGAACGGUGAUGAGGAAGGGUUUAACAGCAGGGAGAUGAGGGAUUUGGAGGAAAUGCUCUCAAAGUUGAACCCCAUGGCUGAAGAGUUUGUGCCCCCCUCACUCUCUACCAACCACGGUGGAGUAGUGCAAUUCCUUUCCGGUGGAGAACAAUUUGGGUUUGAUGCUUUCAAUUUUUUUAUGCAAGCUGGACUCGCUGGCGAUGGAAAUUUCAGCAGAAGGAAGAGAAAUGGCUAUGGACUUGGUAGGAGAAAGAUGAAUGUCCGGACAAGCAUGGCCCAACGCGAAGAGGUUAUAAGGAGGACUGUUUAUGUGUCUGACAUUGAUCAUCAGGUGACUGAAGAGCAACUUGCUACACUCUUUCUUACUUGUGGGCAGGUGGUCGACUGUCGCAUAUGUGGAGACCCCAAUUCUGUACUCCGUUUCGCGUUUAUUGAAUUCACUGAUGAAGAAGGUGCAAGGAAUGCUUUGAGUCUUGCAGGAACUAUGCUAGGGUUUUACCCUGUGAGAGUGCUUCCCUCUAAAACUGCAAUUGCGCCUGUUAAUCCAGUAUUUCUUCCAAGGUCCGAAGAUGAAAGGGAGAUGUGUGCAAGAACUAUAUACUGUACAAACAUUGAUAAAAAGGUUACUCAAGGAGAUGUCAAGCUCUUCUUUGAAUCCUUUUGUGGAGAGGUUAAGCGCUUGAGGUUGCUUGGUGACUAUCAUCAUUCCACUCGUAUAGCUUUUGUCGAGUUUGUUAUGGCUGAGAGUGCCAUUGCUGCUCUGAACUGCAGUGGUGCAAUCCUAGGAUCACUCCCUAUAAGAGUAAGCCCAUCAAAGACUCCUGUUCGACCACAUGCUCCUCGCCCGGCAGUGUAGUGACAAAUCACUUUGCAUCCCUCAGCUGAUCUUACAUCUAAAUACAUACGUAGAUACAGAUACCACCGAGUUCCUUGUGGCAUUUGUCUUUUAGUUUAUCCGCAUUACUCAGCAGGGCAUCUCUCAUCCACAGGAUACUGUUUUUGAGCUUGUACCGUUGGUAUGAGUGCUUAUGUUGAUGUAAAUUAAGUCUGGUAUAUUUAUGUUUCUCUAGGCACUUCCUCGAGUACUGAUGUGACUGAUGUUCUAACAGUAUCAACGAGUUCUGUGAUAUUCCUCUACCCCCCAAUCUAUCUGUGUUUUUCUCUUAUAUAUAUCUGAGGUUGUUCACUGGGGCUGUGUAUUUUAGUUAUACCAGCAGUAAGUGAUGGAGCGGAAUGACAAUGGACCUCUUCCUUUUCUUUGAGUUUGUUUUUCAUGCAUUUCUUUAAUAAAUGUGACCAGUGACUGGUUGUAUAA